GUUGCAAAACUUUCCGGAUGUGGAUAUAUUUUUUCGUGGAGCCAUCUUGCUUUUUUUUUACAUAAGACCUCUUGGUUUCGACAACCAUUUUAGUCACAUCUACUCCUUAGCAAAUUAAUCACCUGGCAGAGUCAACAGUCUCCUGCCCUAGCACAGUAAUCGCGUCAAUUGAUUGUGUCGCGAGUGGAACCAAUCUCUUAUCACGUUGAACGUUAAAGUCUAACCACACUUUUCAACUACCGAGGAAUAAUCUUUGUUUUCUGGGCAAAAUGACUGAUAUGGAUGAUACCCACUUUGAGACCGGAGAUUCUGGUGCCUCUGCCACUUAUCCCAUGCAAUGUUCUGCUCUUCGCAAGAACGGUUUCGUCAUGCUAAAGUCGCGCCCAUGCAAAAUCGUCGAGAUGUCCACCUCGAAGACCGGAAAACACGGACACGCCAAAGUCCACUUGGUUGGCAUUGAUAUUUUCUCAGGCAAGAAGUAAGUCAAGAAUCUUAUUAUUUUUUUUACCCCUGCAUUGAUUUUUUUGUGCCGCAUAAUUGUAACUUGUAAAAAAACAGAAGAAAAUGUCCUAGACUACCUGAUUUAUAAGACAGAUUUUGUAGUGCAUUCUACGUCUGUAGAUAAUUUCUAUGAAGCAUUUUUACUACUCGGGCAGGGGCCCAUCAAGCCUAAUAAAAAGCAAAGAUAUUUUUCACUUUUGCUUGUAAAAAUUUUGCAGAUAUUGCACCGCGACUUAAACAAAUUUGCUCGUAAUUCUUGUAUUAUUUCGGCGAACAUUAUGAAAUAUGUAUUUUGAGAUAGCUUUUAAUGCACAAUUUCGAAAUAUAUCAGACUGAUAAGUAAUUUCUCUUUAGGAAAAAACUUGCCAAUACUCUUCAGUGCCUUUAUGCAAAAACGUAUGUAAAAAUCAAAUGUCGAGAGGCCCCUGACUCAGGGAUGACCUAAUGGUUAAAUUUACUUUCAUGAUGAAUCAUUUUAAAAAGCAAAUGCAAAAAAAUCCUAACAAAAUCUUAGGUAAAGAUUCUUUGGUCUGUUUUUUUUUCUAUUUUGUAAGGUCAAAAUUAAUUUGAUAUUGUUCGCGAUAAGGCAAUAAAUUUUAAUGUGUUUAAACCUCUUUAAGCCCUCAUGGAAAAUUUCAUGAAAUUGUCUUUAUAUCGAUAGCAGUUUUAAGAAACCUUUAAAAAUCCUAUGUGAAAAUCAUUGAAGAAAAAUUAAAAAGUUAAUGAAGACUGUGCAAGGCUUACCGAUAAAAGCUUUGCAAUCCUUUAUGAAGGGGCAUUGACCUUUAAGCAAAGGUUACAGAAUUGCAUUCCUAAUUUCGCCUGGAAAGGAUUCAGUAUUAACUCUAAAUACCUUUUUGAAAAUACAGAGGAUCAGGAUACGUGAAUAGUUAUCCUGAAUGUUCCAAGUCUGCUACCUAAUUAGAACCGAGCGGUGGAAAUGCAUAAAUAAAUAAUGCAUUGUUCAAAGAGCAAGUAAAAUGAACUAAGAAAUAAUAACAGAGUACACAUUUCAAACUAAACCUUUUAUCGUACUUCAUAAAAAAUUAAAUUUCUAAAUAACAAGCCAAUUCAGAAGAAUAAUUUAACUUUUAUUCUACCGUUCUGAGUGAAAAUUUUAUAAAGAAGAUUUUGUAGGGAAUUUUUGCUUUGGGAAAUUAGAGAAAAAUUGAAAUAUUUAAAGAUUGCCGCAUUUAAUUUUUCCAAUUUAUUUUUUUUACUGUUUUCUUUGGCAUAAUUUAAUUAAAUAUGGAAUAAUACAUAACUCACUAGAAUUACUGGACACAUAAUGUUCAUAUUUUGGAACUUAUUCCUUGUCGGUUCGACAAUCAGGAUCAAGAAAUCAAAAUUUACAUAAUUUUCCUUCUCAAAAAUCUUUCAUAAUGUCUGUUCCACUCUUUCGACAGCGUCUUCUCUUAACCCUUUAAGGAUGAUUGCGUUACCGGUGACGUGUCCCAUAUACAGGCUUCACAUUCCUUACCAUGGUAUUGCACAUCAUACACAAAUCAGAAGAAACAGUCUAUCUCAAGUAUUUCUAGUACAUUGACUGAAUGAGUUAAAGAUAAAUGACCUUAAAAGGAAUAUUGAAGAAACCACUAUUUAUUCAAAGUAAAUACCCUUACUACUCUUUGAAAUAUCAGCCUGAAACAUUAUUUUUUUUUACAAUUUAUACUCAAUAUUGCCAAUAUUAUGCCAUUUGCAGAAAAUUCUGCUCUGAUUUUCUCUAAUCGCAAAGUAGAAGGUUGCAAAAACCUGGAAUAUUUUUUGUAAAUCGUCAAAUCUUCAGCUAUUUUCUAUUACAGUCGACUCUCUCUCAUUGGGGAAUAUGGGGCAAAAUGUCAUCCGGUUUAGCUAUAGAAUUCAGUGUCAAAGCCUUUGUAAAUUCCACAAAAAGCGCUCUAUUAUAAAGAAUCACGAUGAAAUAGGGAGAACUACAGCGAAUUUUUAUCGAAUUACCUUCAUAAUUAAACGUGAAAAUUGUCAACAAAAUUUGUCGCCCGAUUGAAAAAGAGCUGAUUGAGCGAGAGUCUACUGUAAAUGGUUUAAAAGCUGAAAAAUCAGGAAUUUAUAAAUUAUUGCAUUGACAUUUUUUGAAACUCAAUUUUAUAUUUAUAUUUCCAAUUCAAUUUUAAUUGCGAAUGAAAUGCAAAAGGUUUGUGAAAAGGAAAAUAUGUGAAUUUUGUUUCAUGAAAUUAUUCUGAUCUAAAAUGUAUAACUGGAGAUAUUACAGAUUAAUAGAUAAAAUUUGAUGAAAAAAUCUAUUAGAAGGAUGCGGGGACCAAUUUUCAAACACGAAUUUUGAAGUCGCUGAAUUUAAAUUCACUACAUUAAAUUUUAAAACAUUACAAUUAACUAAGAAAAGAAUUGACCACGCAAAAUACAAAUCAUAAAAGACAAUGAAGAAAACUAUCAGAAUCAGCGCUACAUCAAACUUUCCGUACGCAAUUUUGAGCAAAAACUUUGUAUAACUCUUUGCGAAGCUAGAAAAAGGCAAGAAAAUGUAUGUCUACCUUUGUUGGGCUAUUUUGCCCACAUCAUUGAAGGGCUAGAUUAAGUAAAAGUCAUUCCCCGGUAGCUAACAAUUCAUAUAGUAAUUCGAGGAGAGAUGGAACAGUGGGAGAGAUGGAACACUUCGCCUCCUGCCCACAUCCUCCUCAUGAUCACCACCACGUUUAGUCUAAUUAUGCCCUCCAACAUUCUAAGGAAAAUCCCCAAGUUACAGCUUUCUAUCUUUAAAAUUUUGCAAGAAAAUAGAAAUUCAAUUUUUUGGAUGUCUAAAAAAUGGCCAAAAAUUUUUAUUUCUCCGUAAGAAUACGUGCAUUUGAAAGUGAGGGAGAGUUGGAACAAUUUUUUGAGGGAGAGUUGGAACGUUUUUCUCACAGCAAUUCUUCUUCUUCUUUCUUUUAAAUAUUUUGUAUCCGGACGUUAUUAAAAUACACAUAACCAAGUUAAGCAACGCAUUGUUUAGUAUUUUCCAAAAAGAAGAGAACUUUUCGGGUAAGAGUGACUUUAUAACUUUGUUUAGAACAUUCUAUUUAGAAUGUUUUCAUUUCUAUGUGACAGCUAUGCCAACACAAUAUAAAAGGAAGGCGAAUUUGUCUAGACAUCCGUGGACCAAACAUAACCUAGAUGAAGCCAUUUCAAAAGUAAAAAACAAGACAUUGAGUCUCGGGGAAGCCUCGCGAUUCUAUAAAAUUCCUAAAACUACACUAUUCAGGAAUAUGAAGGUAAUGAAGAAAAGUGAUGGAUUUGGUCCUGGAGCUUGUCUUGGUAAAGAAAAUGAGAUAUUGUUGGUUGAGCACAUCAUAAAUAUGGAUGAGGCAGGGUUUUCUCUUAAUAGAAAGAAGGUCAGGCGUUUGGCUUAUGAAUUCGCUGAAAACUUGGGUCUCGCUCAUCGAUUCAAUAAGGAAGAACAAAUAGCUGGAUAUUCUUGGUUCCAGUCAUUUAUGCGCCGCAAUCCAAGUCUUUCAAUUCGGCAUUCUGCAGGACUAUCCAUUUCAAGAGCACAAAAUCUCACAAGGGAAUCUGUAAAUGGAUUUUACGAUCUUCUUUUCAAUGAAAUCGAAAAGUUCAAUUUACAGGAUAAGCCUGAAAAUAUCUGGAACUGUGAUGAAAGUGGGCUUCAACUCAUCAACAGUACCGGAGAAGUGGUUGCAAAAAAAGGGAAAAAGAAUGUGAAUCAGAUUACAACAGGAGAACGAGGAGAAACUGUAACAAUAUUGGCGUGUUGUUCAGCAGAGGGCAGAUUCCUUCCUCCCACAAUGAUUCUGAAAGGAAAAAAUAUGAAAGCUGAAUUUUCAGAUGGACUGCCUCCUGGAUCGCGAGUCUUUAUGAAUCCAAAAUCAGGAUAUGUUACCGGACAAAUUUUUCUACGUUGGUUUGAGGAAGUGUUCUUGCCAAGAAAAGUGAAGGGCAGAAAUAUUCUGAUUUUGGAUGGACAUGUUUCUCACUGCGGAUCUCUAAAACUGCUGGAUAGGGCUGCGGCAGAAAAUGUGACGCUUCUUUGUCUUCCUCCUCACACAAUCCAUGUACUCCAGCCAUUGGAUACAUCGUUCUUCCAGCCAUUUAAAUAUCAAUUCAGGGUUACCGCUGAUGCAUGGAUUUUUAGCCACCCGGGUCGCAAUAUAACGCGUUAUCAGCUAGGUCCCUUGGUACGGGAGGCGUGGCUAAAAACUGCUACGGCAAAAAAUGCUGUGAACGGCUUUAGGACAACGGGAAUUUACCCACUGCAUCGCCAAACUCUGCGUGAUGAUCAUUUCGCCAUAGUGGAUAAGAUCAAGAAAGAACCGAGUGCAGGAAAAGUCAUUCCUGCGGAUGGGGCAGCAAAAGUGAUUGGUGCCCAACAAUUAGCACCAGUAAAGACUCAGAAGGUCGUUCCGGAGGAGGUUAAAAUUAAAAUGGAAGAGAUUGAGAACAAAACGUCAGAAAAACUUUUGCAAGAGAUUGCUCCAAUUCCUGAAAUUAACAUUGCAGUAAAGAAAUCGAAUCGAACCCGUGGAAAAGCCCUUGUACUCACCUCUACCGAAAAUAGAGAAAAUUUGCGCAUGAAAAAUGAAAAACAGAAAGAAACUGAGCGCAAAUCCCAAGAACGCAAAAAAAGUAUUACACAGAUUCCCAAGACCUCUAAAAAAUCAGUUUCAAAUUCAUUGAAAAAACUGAGAAAUGCAAUAAAAUAAGGUGGAAUCACCAGUUCUCGCCAGUGCCCCACUUGUCGCCACUUACAUUGAAAUCGCUAUUUUUCGCAAUUUAUGAAAUAAAUGAGUCGCAAUUUUUUUGUAUUGUUUCUGCUUCUACGCAUAGAAUCGAAAAAUAAUAAUUAUUCGUUUUGGAUUCACGAUUUGGUUCACUUUUUAGAGCAAUAUUUUAAGCAAGUGCAUCGAAUCCAACAUCUCUUACCAAAUGUACUAAGUGUCGUCAAAUUUUCAUCAGGCCAAAAAUACCUAUUUGGGUAAAUAAUUUGUCUAUUGAAUAUUUAAUUGCACUUGUGGAAUACAUAAAAUUUGUAUUUAGUCAAGUAAUAUUUCAUUUUGUAUUAUUUUUGUAUAAAAAUGAGGCAUGGCGAGAAGUGGUAAUAUUCUGGAAUUGAUUUUACCACCUGUCACCAUAUCUUUUCAAUAGGCGACGCUAACUUCACUUCGUACAUUCUCAGUUGUCAAGUCUGCAUUGUUUACUUUCUGCAAAAGUCCCAUAAUUUGAUUUCUCAAAUAAAAGUGAAGAAAAAUCAUUUAAAGAGAGUAAUAAUAAAGUGAUCACAAGGAAAGAGAAAUGGUGAAUGUAUUCUUAUCAUAGUAUUGCCUAAAAUCACCGAGUGUGGUUCUUUUCAAGUGGGUGGCGAGAAGUGGUUACAAAUUUUACAAAACUGGCGAAAAGUGGUAAAAAGUGGCGACGAAAUGGUUAUUUUUGCAUUAUUAAUAAAAAUCUGUUUUUUAAGUAGUCCAGCGUUAUGUUCUAGGAUUAUUGUUUUCACGUAUCUAGAGCCAAUACAUCUAAGUAACUUUGUGUCAAAUUUGACUUAUCUUGUAACAAGGAUUCAAAAGUUAUGAUUAAAUGAAUUUAAUUUUUUCCUAAACAUGGCGAUAGCCGGUUAUUCCACCCUAGUUUUUUUGUUUAAAAAUGUGUCUUUUUCUUAUAAAUUAAUACAAUAAAACUGCAUAUUUUGAUAAAAUUUUCGGUGUUCCAUCUCUCCCUCACUUUUUCUGAAUGCCCCAAAAUGCAACUUUUUUUAAAAUCAAUUUUUUGAGGUGAUUUUUUUCUUUAAUAGUUUUCAAAUGGUGAUAACAUGAAUCUAGAGUCUUUAAAUGACAAAAUAGUGAGAUUCGUUUUUAUCUCCCGUUAAAAAUGUGUCCGCACUAUUGAAUAUAAAAAACGUGUUCCAUCUCUCCUCGAAUUACUAUAUAUAGAUUGCGUAGAAAUAAAUUAGCGAAAAUUGCUUAAAUGGAGCUUAAUAUAUUGAUAUGAUAGUCAUUAAUAGAUUAAUGUUGCAUAUUAGCCUCUUUCUAUUGGCACACAUUCUUCCGAGACUGAAAAUGUCCUUAGGCGAGAAUGUUACUAAAAGGAGGCAAAUUAACCAGUUUUCUGGGUCAGAAUUAACACAGUGAUCUCACGUUGAACAGAAAGUGAGUUCAUUUCAAAAUUCUGUACAAUAAAAUCUAUGAACAAUCAAUAUAUUUUGCACAUUUUGGGUAUAUUUUUAUCGCAAUGAAAAAAAUCAUAAUGAGGGUAAUAAUGUUCUAAUUGAAUUAUUGCAAACCGAAACAUUUCACGUGAUUUAAUUUUUUUGGGGGUUAAACUUAUUUUAGAAGUCUAGUGACUACCUACGUUACGUAGUAAUGGCAGUAUCUCUGGACGAUUAUCCAUCCUUUAACUUUUUCUAACUAACCAUUUUAACCUAAAUAAUAAAAUAACAAAAAAUACAUUAGCCGUACUCACUAUGGCGCUGUUAUCUUGUAAUAUCGUUAUCUCGUUAUCUCGUUAUGUUCUCGUAAUGUAUUUUAUAAAUGAAAAAUUAUAACAAGUUAUUAUAACAAUUAUAACAAAUUAUUACAACAACGCCAUAGUGAGUACGGCUAUUAUUUUUAUUAAUUAUUUAUCAUUACUUUUGUAUGUAUAAAUUGACCAUUGCAAACUUAAAAAAUGUACAACCUCACCAUUUGUCUCUCAAAUGACAUAACUUUAUAAUAUAAAUGGCUUAAAAGAAGUUAGUUGCACGUAUUCGACUAUUUCGAGUAAAUUUGUCAAGAAACUUAUGGCCAAUGAAAAUAACAUAAAUAACAUCCAUAACCAUAAAUAACAUCUAUGGAUUACAAGCAACUCAUCCGAAAAAAAGAAAA